UGGGCUGAAGCCUUGCGUGGCAGCCGAUCCGGGCGACUCUUCUUUUGAGAGGCAAAACUCGGGAGGAUCAUGGUCGGGCUGGUGCCGGUUUUUGUGGCCGGGAUGCUCUUUCUUAGCAUAGAUUCGCGAGGCGCCGAAAGCGUCCCGCGUAAGGCGGUGACUGCCCGGCUGGCGGCCAAGUGGCCGGCGACCCCGCUGCUUCUGGAGGCCAGUGAAUUCAUUGCAGAAGAAAGCAGUGAGAAAUUCUGGCAGUUUUUGGAAACAGUGAAAGAACUAACAAUAUAUAAAAAAGGAGUCUCGGAACACUCUUAUUACAACUUACUCCUGAAGAAAGCUGGGCAGUUCCUGUCAAAUUUGCAGAUUAACCUUCUGAAAUUUUCUCUCUCCUUACGAGCAUUUUCCCCAACUAUUCAGAUGUUUCAGCAGAUUGCAGCUGAUGAGCCUCCCCCAAGAGGUUGCAAUGCAUUUGUGGUUAUCCAUGGGAAGAGCACCUGCAAGAUUAAUGAAAUUAAGAAGCUUCUGAAGACAGCUGCAUCAAGGCCCAAGCCAUAUUUGUUCAAAGGAGAUCAUAAAUUCCCUACACUCAAGGAACCUGCCCUAGUAGUGAUCCUUUAUGCUGAAGUGGGUACAAAAGAUUUUGCCACAUUUCACAAAGUCUUAUCUGAAAAAGCACAAAAGGAAGAAAUUGUUUACAUUCUCCGACAUUUUGUCCAGAAACCAAGCUCUGAGAAGAUGUAUUUGUCUGGAUAUGGUGUGGAGCUUGCAAUAAAGAGUACAGAAUAUAAAGCAGUGGAUGAAUCUCAGGCUGAAGCUACAAGAAAUGGAACAGAGGAAGAAGAUAAUAAGGAAAGUGAAGUCCAAGGAUUUCUCUUUGAUUCAUUAAUGCAGAACUAUCCUGAUCUCAAAGACAAUCUGAAAGAGUUGAGAAAAUACCUGAUUGAAAGCACUGAUGAUACAGAGCCUUUGAAAUUGUGGGAACUACAAGAUAUUAGUUUGCAAGCAGCCUCUCAAAUUCUGUCUACCCCUGUUUACAGUGCAUUAAAAGUAAUGAAAGACAUUGCACAGAACUUCCCAGUGAAGGCCAGAUCUUAUUCCAUUUACCCUCACAGUGAUCACUACAGAUGAACUAAAAGAAUCAAAUGGUUUUUUCUACUGUUCCAAAAAAAAAAAAAUAGGCUAUUGCUACUGCCUGCCAUGCCUUGAAUCCCAAAUACCAUUUUGUGCUUACUUGAUUUUACAAGACCCAGCUGGCAAUAGUUUCUGAACUAUUGUGGCAACUUUAUAUAGGAACAAGGCAGCAGUGAGAAUGUGCUGUAUGUCAGGUUCGGUCAGCACGGGGCUUCGGGGAAGCUCGUAGCCAGCGAA